AUGCUUUUCUCUCUUAUCACUUUCGCUCUAUUGCCUCUUUCACCUGUUUUAGCUACCACAGGAUGCACUUUUGGCAAUCCCUCCUGUCUUAGCCCUGGUGCUAAUGUCACCAUAUUCUCUGGCAGUGGCGAGCCUACAAUAUAUCACGCAACUUCUGCUUCUGCUUUUGGUUAUUCCUCUUGGGGUGAAACUAUCAAUUUACAACCCAAUGAAGUCUUUAUUUUAAAAAGUUAUAUUUACCUCCAGUCAUUCGAAUAUUAUACCAUUCAUAUUUUUUCACAAACUGGGCUUGCGGGGUGGAUUGGUGCCGAAGCUGCUUUCGCUUGUGGUGAUUUGACUCACAAAGCAAUUACGGCUAGCUCCCCUGGGCUUGGACAACCAUUUUAUUCCAACUCUCACAUUGCGGGGACUUGGGAAGUGUUUGGGUUAGAUUCUGGAUAUUAUCCAAUUACUCUACAGUUCAAGAACUCCAAUCCGUAUGCUUCUUCAUUUCAAUUUGGAUUCUUCGACGCAGGUAAUAAUAAUAUCAUUGACUCAGUUUUGUAUGCUCCUCCUGUGGAUGAUUCUCUCUGUUAUGGUCUCCCUGCUCCUAUUACUUCCACCACCUCUACUACUCCCAUCACUUCCACCACCUCCACCACAUCUACCAUAACCGGUUCCACCACUUCUGUCACUAUUUCCACUACUUCCACUACUUUUAAUACUUCUAUUACCUCUACUACUUCUACUACUUCUAGCAUUUCCAUCUCCAGCAAUAUUUCUUCUACUAUUUCUAACACUUCUGAUACUUCUUCAACUUCCAUUGCUACCACAAGUUCUUUCAUUAAUACUAAUACUAAUACCGCUAUUCUUAGUUCCACUACUUUAUCCAAUGGUACCAUGUCGGUCUCAGAUACACUCUUGGGAGCUAAUACCAGCAACAACAACGCUUCCUCUGUUGCAAUUCCAAGAUCAAAUAUCACGGUGUCUUCUACCUCUUCUUCAAUUACUUCCUCCUCGUUAACCUAUACUACAGCAUCGAAAAAUUCUACUCUUCCUCUUCUCAGUGACUCUACCGCCACUACUGCUAGUGAUAGUGGUUCUAUUUCUGGUUCUGCUAACUCUGGUGCUUCAAUGGUUACCUCCGUUGUAGUUACGGAAAUUGACGCUACUGUUUUUCACACCAUAACCUCCUGUGGUACCAAGACUUGUUACCCAGUUGUCACUAGCUUUGUCUACAAAACUAUCACUUCAUACACUACUUACUGUCCAUUAACCGCUUUGAAGAAUUCAGUCUCUGGAUCUGAAUCUAUUACCUCAGCUUCUGAAACUGGAAGCACUAAAACCGAUAGAUCAGGAUCGCCAACCCUAACUUUAGAAUCUUCAGAUAUGACUUCAUCUACUGCUCUAUUUGAAACAUACUCCUCUAAUUCCACUGCUUCCUCAGUCGGUGUCCUAGAAGCCAAUGGUGCUGUCGCCCUUUUGAAAUCGGGUGUUUUGGCUAUGAUUUCCACCGGAUUGUUAGUUUCAUUGUUUUUUAAAUGA